AUGAAGUACAGCGUUGGAAUCACGGCCCUCCUGGCCACCCUGGCCCAGGGAGCAGCCGUCAUGAGCAAGCGUGACAUUCCCCUUGACGUCAAGAUUCAGGUUGUCAACAACUCCGAAGUCAAGGCGAGCAUCACCAACUCGGGCAGCUCGAGCAUCAAGGUCGUCAAGACGGGUUCCAUCCUCGACUCGGCCGACGUCGAGAAGUCGGUCAUUAUGGCCGGCGAAAACAAGGUCGCUUUCGACGGUAUUAGAUACCAGGUCGCCACCGCCGGCCUUCCUGCCGAAGCCUUCCAAAUUAUCGAGGCUGGCGAGACCAUCGAGGUCAGCUUUAAUGUGGCUAGCACUCAUGACUUCGCACAGGGUGGUGACUUUGACAUUGCUGCUUUGGGCACUUUCUCUGUUGCCGAAUCCGACUCUGGCGACAUCUUCAGCGCCAUGGCCUUUGAGUCCAACCAUAUCAAGGCCCACAUCGACGGAACCGAAGCAGCCAAGGUCCGCCGCUCUUACCUUGCCAAGCGUACAAUGGUCCAGAGCGACUGCACAGGCACAAGACUCACUCAGACGACCAACGCAAUCAACAGCUGCCGCUCUCUCGCCCAGCGCGCCGCCAGCGCCGCACAGAGCAACUCUGCCAAGAUGAACGAGUACUUCAAGAGCACCAGCUCCAGCGCCGUCAACACCGUUGUCACCACCUUCAACAGGAUAGCAUCGGAAUGCAACCCCAGCGGUGGUGCCAGCCGCCAGUACUGCACAGACCAGAUUGGUGCUUGCUCACCCGGCGUCAUCGCCUACACGGUUCCCUCGCAAAGCAUCAUGGUUAACUGCCCAACCUUCUUCACCAUGCCAACCACCAGCAAUGCUUGCCGUGCCCAGACCCAGGACAACACUAUUCUGCACGAGGUCACACACUUGUCGCAAGUCAAGGGAACACAGGAUUACAACUGUUACGGAUAUACCUGCAUGCGCCAGCUCACGAGUGCCCAGAACCUUAACCAUGCCGACACAUAUACUCUGUUUGCCCAGGCUAUCAAGGUCGGUUGCUAA